AUGGAAUCUAACAGAGCAUCACUUAAAAUGACGCCUGUCUGGUUCAAGUUGAAUGAUCAGCAAGCAGUAUUGAAAGAUAUAGUUUAUCCAUCCGAUACUAUCGGUAAUCAGUCAUUCGAUACUAUAGCUGCCUAUCGAACAUUUACUAAUAAAUCGAAAGAUUUUUGUCAAGAGCCAAUAGAUGUUGCCGAAGAUUCAAUAGAAACACUCAUACUUGUUCUCAAUGCUUUCGCUCGCAAAUUCGAUGGGGAUCUGACUAUCAGCAUGGAUGAUGUACCUUAUGAUGAUAGUGCUCAUCGUUUAGCUUGCGGUUUUCCUGGAAGGUCAGUACUUCAAUACGUUAAACCUGCUUCAUAUGUUUAUAAAUGGGCUUCGAGUUUAUCUUACUUUCAACUACAACUAAACGAUUUUGCUCCAGAAUUCAAUAGAGAUUACGAGGAAGCAGAACUAUUCGAAUCGGAAAUACGAGGAGGAUAUCCGUACUGUUGUCCGAUUGGUUGGUAUCGUCACGCACUAAAAAUUGAUCAUAAGUAUCCGAAUGAUUCGGCUUGGCUCGGUUGUAUCAAUGGUGAUGGCGAAUGGCCAGUCGCGUUUUAUGGAACACACCAAAAGGACAUCGACGGUCUCAUAAAAAAAGAAUUAUUACCCGCUACAACUAAAAGAGACGCCGCCAUGAAGAAUGUUUCACUUCAAUUGAAUGGAAUCGAAAUGAAUGAACCAGGACUUUAUUUGACCACUCAUUGCAAUGAUGGAGCUCAUCCAAGAUUUACAGAAAUAUUUCCUGUUAAAACAUCUAAUGAGAAUACAGCAAAUUAUCGAGUGGUAUUUCAGUGUCGUGUUCAACCGAAUAUGUUCACCAUUCAAGAAAGUCCAGUAGAGAAGGGUGAAAUGUGGCGCUUUGCCGACCCGAACGCUAUUCGAUCCUAUGGCUUACUGUUAAAAGAAGAAGAGUCAUAA